AUGGCUUGGUCCCGUCUUAUCAGGUUUGUCGAUGACAACGGCAAGGAGACGUUUGGCGAGCCUUGCAUCGACAAGUACGACCAGCUCAACGAGCUCCUGGAGAAGGGCGAGCUCUACGCCGUCGAGUAUGCCGGCCAGGACCCCACCACCGCCACCCAGCAGGGUGCCAAGGUCCACGUCAAGGAGCUGAAGGAUAUCCUCAAGCCCUCCGAGGUGCCCAUCGUCAAGUGCAUCGGCCUCAACUACAUCAAGCACAGAGGGCGGAAGGAAGCCUCCCCGUUCCCCUCCGUCUUCAUCAAGCCCUCGGCCUGCGUUGCGGGCUUCAAGGAGGACAUCCCCAUCCCCAAAAUUGCCCAGGACGGCACCGUUGACUACGAGGGCGAGCUCGCCGUCGUCAUCGGCAAGACCGGCAAGGACAUCACCAAGGAGAACGCCCUGGACCACGUCCUCGGCUACCUCGCGUCCAACGACGUCUCCGCCCGUGCGUGGCAGCGCGACCCCGCCAAGGCUGGCGGCGUUCCCCAGUGGUGCUUCUCCAAGGGCUUUGACAACGACCUCCUCCUCCAGACCUUUGUCAACGGCGAGGAGAGGCAGAACAGCACCACCGGUGACCUCCUCUUCGGCGUCAAGGAGAUUGUCAGCUUCGUUUCCCAGGGUACCACCCUUCAGGCUGGUACCAUUAUCCUCACCGGCACUCCUCUGGUGUCGCCAUGGGCAUGA